AUGGAAGCGAUCGUGAAGGUCGCCAGUUCCAUGUGGAGAGAAAAGAGAGAAAAUAAGCCCAUACACGCUCACCACAAUAUAGACGAGCUGAAGCAAGAACUUGACAUUGAUGAUCAUCAGAUCUCGAUUGAAGAAUUGUCCUCCAGGCUCGAUGUCGACAUUCAAACGGGUUUGAGUCAAGAGGAAGCAACGCGCCGCUUGGAAAGAGACGGACCAAACGCCCUCACUCCACCAGCUGCCAUCCCCGAGUGGGUCAAGAUUUGCAAGCAAUUCUCGGGAGGGUUUUCCCUCUUGCUAACCCUAGGCGCCAUUCUCUGCUUCAUCACCUACGCCAUUCAGGCUGCCACUAUUACUGCACCACCUGAUGAUAAUUUGUUCCUUGGGAUUGCGUUGGCCUCUGUUGUCUUCAUCACCGGAAUUUUCUCGUACUAUCAGGAAUCAAAAAGCUCUCGUAUCAUGGAAUCUUUCAAGAAAAUGGUCCCACAGUAUGCUGUCGUCCAUCGAGGGAACCAAAUUCUCACCAUACGAUCAGAGGAUCUUGUCGUUGGAGACAUUGUAGAUGUGAAAUUCGGUGACCGUAUCCCUGCCGACAUUCGAAUCAUCGAAGCUUCGGCAUUUAAGGUGGACAACUCCUCAUUGACAGGAGAAUCUAGGCCUCAAUCCCGCUACCCUAACUGCUCUCAUCCAAACCCUUUGGAGGCUAGUAAUUUAGCUUUCUUCUCCACCUAUGCUGUGGAAGGUACUGCCAAAGGCAUUGUAAUCCUGACAGGAGACAACACCGCGAUGGGUCGAAUCGCUGGCCUUGCAGCGGAUUUGGACUCUGGACAGACCCCGAUUGCCAAGGAAAUCGUUCGUUUCGUUCACAUCGUCACGGCAGUGGCCGUAUUUCUGGGUGUGACCUUCUUCUUCGUCGCUUCCGUCAUGGGUUACAACUUUCUGGAUUCCGCUGUCUUUUUGGUGGGGAUCAUUGUCGCCAUGGUUCCUGAGGGUCUGCUUGCCACUAUCACAGUGAGUCUAACGUUGACAGCCAAGCGAAUGGCAGCCAAGAACUGCUUAGUAAAGCAUCUGGAGGCCGUAGAAACAUUGGGUUCCACAUCAACCAUCUGUUGCGAUAAGACUGGAACUCUGACUCAGAAUCGUAUGACUGUAGCUCACAUGUGGUUUGACAACGAGAUUAUUGAAGCUGACACGUCAGAGGACCAAUCUUGUGUGACGUACGACAAGGAUGGGCCUGGCUGGGGUGCCCUUGCUCGAGUUGCUGCUCUGUGCAACCGAGCUGUCUUUAAAGGCAGUCAGGACGACGUCCCCAUCCUCAAGAGAGAAGUGACGGGAGAUGCUUCAGAGGCUGCUCUCCUCAAAUGUGUCGAGAUGGCCAUCGGAAACAUUGAAGGCUACAAAAAGAAAUACAAGAAGAUCUGUGAGAUCCCCUUCAACUCCACCAAUAAGUACCAGGUGAGUAUCCACGAGAGAAACGAUCUAGAUGAUCAAUUAUCAUACCUGCUGGUGAUGAAAGGAGCCCCCGAACGUAUCUUGGAACGUUGUUCCACCAUCUUUGUGAAUGGCCAAGAGUUUCCCUUGGAUGGUCACUGGAAGGAUGACUUUAAUGCCGCCUACAUGGAGCUUGGAAGUCUUGGGGAGCGUGUUCUCGGAUUCUGCGAUUACAAACUCCCUGUGAGCAAGUUCCCUCCUGGCUAUAAGUUCGAUGCGGAGGAGCAGAACUUCCCUCUGAAUGGACUGCGAUUCGUCGGUCUCGUGUCCAUGAUCGAUCCGCCUCGAGCUGCUGUUCCCGAGGCCGUGGCCAAGUGUCGAUCGGCCGGGAUCAAGGUCAUCAUGGUCACUGGGGAUCAUCCCAUCACGGCCAAGGCA